UGUCAUUGUGUCAUUGUCAAAUAUUAUGUGUUUCAAUAUUUGUUUGCUGAAUCUCAAAUCAAUAUUUAGCGGCUCAUAAUUCUAAAAUUUUAUUUUCUUGUUUGCCGAAAAAUACGUGUCUGAAUAACAAUUUGUUAAGUCGUUAUAUUCUUUAAGUCAGUGAAAUGUGAGUGCAAAAUCUUGAUCAAAAAAUUUUCCGCUACAAAUACUAAGUAAUAACAGUGAAACAACUGUGUUUUCUGAUAAAGAAAAAUCCUGGUCCAAAUCAGAUGUUUAUGAUGCGAAAAGUAAUUUUCAUUUUUGCUGCAGUUAUCGCAUUUUUAUAUUUUUCUGUUAUUUUAUUUAUAUUUAGUCCUAUAAAUGAUUCCAAGAAUGUUUACUACGGCAACAAUUACGUAGGCCCAUUGGGCUUAAGACUUGUGCCUAGUGUAAACUGGUGCAAGGAGUUACACUGGCGAUCACCCCCAUUACCUUAUGCUGUUGCACUUGUGUCUUAUCCUGGCAGUGGGAACACUUGGCUUAGAUAUCUUUUACAGCAAGUCACUGGUAUCCUAACAGGUUCAAUUUAUAUGGAUUUUGGUUUAAAAGUUCAUGGAUUCCCUGCUGAAAAUGUUACCGAUGGCUCAGUGCUUGUUGUAAAGACUCAUGAAGCACCGCCACUUGAACCUGAUAAGUUUAAAUCAGCUGUUUUAUUAAUCAGGAAUCCUAGAGAUGCGAUAUUGGCAGAUUUUAAUAGACUUCAUAAAGGUCAUAUUGGCACAGCUCCGAAAUCCGCUUUCAAGAAAAGGUCUCGUGAACGAAAGAAAACAGAUUGGUCUUCCUAUGUUACUAUACAGCUGAGAACUUGGGAGUCAUUACAUGAUCUGUGGCUCACGAAGUUUCCUGGACCAGCGUAUAUAGUGUUUUACGAGACAUUAGUGAAAGAUACGAGGAAAACCCUUCAAGGAAUACUGAAUUUCUUAAACUACACUUUCACAGAGCGUGAUAUGAACUGCGCUCUGACACACAAAGAAGGUAUCUACAGACGUAAGAAAAAGCUACAAGACUUUGAUCCGUUCACUCAAGAUAUGUACAGACAGAUAGAAAUUGUUAAAACAAGAGUUAUCAAUAAUAUUAGAAUAUAUAGAAAGAAACACAACGAAUCUGAUAUUUUUGAACUUUUAUGAGUGUUUUUAACGAUUCUAAUUUAAUAUUAAGUACUAAUAGAUCAGUAUUAAAGUUUUUACGGUGGGUUUUUACUGCAAUUAUUAUUGACACAUAUUGUCAUCUCAUAUAUUCUCUUUGAAAAAACAAAGACAACAUGUGUCAAGUUUUGAUGACAAUCGAAAUCCAAUGGUAAUGGUAAGAGUUAUUGGUAGUGUUAUAUUUCUAUUCUGGCAGUUAUGAAUAAAAAAAAAUAAAAAAAACGGUAACUGGCAGUUAUGAGAGCAUACAAAAUAUAAAAAAAUUAAAUCCACAAUUUGUAAUUCUAUCAUUUAAAAAAAAGUAAUUUAUCCGUCAUUUUAUUAUCAAAAUCAGUAACAGUUGGCAAAUUGUGGACAAAUUGACAUCGUAUUUUCCAUCUAUUACUUAAAUAAAUGCUCAAUAUAACUAAAAUAUGU